AUGUCGUUCGCUCUCCGAGCGCGUUGGGCCUACGCCCCUCGCUUGAGGCUCGCCGCGCCGCUCGCCCGGCGAAGCGCGCUCUCCAGGACCUUCGCCACCAUCUCCAGCGAGACUGGGCUAACCCUCAACCCCCUCCCACCCACCACCAGCAACCCAACCUACGACGUCAUCGUCAUCGGCGGCGGCCACGCGGGCACCGAAGCCGCCGCGGCCGCCGCGCGCUCGGGCGCGCGCACCGCGCUCGUCACGCCCGCGCUCGCCAACCUCGGCGUCUGCUCGUGCAACCCGUCGUUCGGCGGCAUCGGCAAGGGCACGAUGCUGCGCGAGGUCGACGCGCUCGACGGCCUCGUCGGCCGCGUCGUCGACCGCGCGGCCGUCCAGUUCCGCGUCCUCAAUCGCAAAAAGGGGCCGGCGGUUUGGGGCCCUCGCGCGCAGAUCGAUCGCGGGUUGUAUCGGAGGUAUAUGCGGGAGGAGAUUGUUGUGGGGUAUGCUGGGGAGGGGAGGUUGGGGGUGGUGGAGGGGAGUGUGGCGGAUGUGGUGGUGGAGAGGGGGGAGGGAGUGGGGGCGGACGGGGGGGAGGGGGCGUUUGGGCGGAUCAAGGGCGUGAGGUUGGAGGAUGGGAGGGUGUUGGAUGCGGGGUGUGUGGUCAUCACGACGGGGACGUUUUUGGGCGGGGAGAUUCAUAUCGGUCUCGAGGCGUAUCCUUCUGGGAGGAUGGGCGAGGCUGCGACCUUCGGCCUCAGCAAGUCGCUGCGGGAGGCGGGGUUCAAGCUGGGACGGUUGAAGACGGGCACGCCGCCCCGGUUGGACCACAAGACGAUCGAUUACUCGGGACUGGAGCCGCAGCCGGGCGACGAGCCGCCGAUGCCGUUCAGCUACCUGAAUGACAGGGUGCAGGUCGAAGACCAGCUCUUGUGUCACAGCACGUAUACGAAUGAGGCGACCCAUGAUAUCAUCCGCGCGAACCUGGACAAGAGCAUUCACAUCAGGGAAACGGUGAAGGGACCACGGUAUUGCCCCUCGCUGGAAUCGAAAGUCUUGCGCUUCGGGCACAAGGAGAGACAUAUCAUCUGGCUGGAACCCGAAGGCUUCGACACGGACGUGGUAUACCCCAACGGCAUAUCCAUGACCAUACCGGCGGACGCGCAGGCAGCCAUGCUGCGGACGAUCAAGGGUCUGGAAAACGUCACCAUGCUGCAGCCUGGGUACGGCGUCGAAUACGACUACGUGGACCCACGCAACCUCCGCUCGACGCUGGAGACCAAGAACAUCAAGGGCCUUUUUCUGGCCGGCCAGAUCAACGGCACCACCGGCUACGAAGAAGCCGCCGGCCAGGGCGUCAUCGCGGGCAUCAACGCCGGCCUGGCGGCGCAGGGCAAGCCGCCCUUCACGCUCACGCGCGCCGACGGCUACAUCGGCAUCAUGAUCGACGACCUCAUCACCAAGGGCGUCACCGAGCCGUACCGCAUGUUCACCUCGCGCAGCGAGUUCCGCAUGAGCGCCCGCGCCGACAACGCCGACGCCCGGCUCACGGCCAAGGGCCGCGCCGCGGGCGUCGUGUCGGACCGGCGCUGGCGCGCCUUCGAGGACACGUCGCGCCAGAUGGCGGAGCUGACGGCGCUCCUGAAGGGGGAGACGGCCGGCUCGGGCCACUGGCUCGCGCGCGGCUUCCGCGUGCGCGAGGACACGACCAGGCGCUCCGCCUUCGACCUGCUCCGCCUCGCGGGCGUGACGACGGCGUCGCUCGAGGCCGUCGUGCCGCGCGUCCGCGACUUCGAUCCCAAGGUGCGCGAGCGCGUCGGCAUCGAGGGCGUGUACGCCCCGUACGUCGAGCAGCAGAUGGCGGCCAUGCGCGUCUUCCUCAAGGACGAGAACCUCCGGCUGCCGCCCGGCCUGGACUACGGGGCCAUCCACGGCCUGAGCUUCGAGGAGAAGCAGCUGCUGAAGCAGGCGAGGCCCGAGAGCGUGGGCCAGGCGCGGAGGAUCGAGGGCAUGACGCCGAACGGGGCGUUGAGGCUGCUGGCGGUCGUCAAGGGCGAGGCGAGGGCGAGGGCGAAGGAGAGGGUCAUGUUGGAGAUUGAGGAGAGGCGGAGGGAGAGGGGGGAGAAGGUGGUGGAUGAGGGUGUGGAGGGGCUGGAGGGGCUGGAAGCGAUCGAGAGCGUCGAGGGCGGGGAUCAGAGAGCGGAAGUUGAUGCGCGGUAA